GCAGAUAAGUACCUCUCCGGUUUUCUAUUAGAUUUAUUCCUAACCUGUAGCAUUUUAAGGAUUUGUUAAUUUAAAUGCUUAUCUGUUAACUUGGUCUACUUCCUGUAUAGUUACCAGAGUUUUGUGAGAUUCUGUUAGUAUCAUUACUUUCGUUUCUUAUUGUUUGAUUCCACCAAGGGUUUUUCUGCCUUCCCUUGUUGCAAGUUCCGUGCGCAUCCUUGCGCCUCUUAUUGUCCCCUCUGUGCCGUCGAUCACCCCCCCCUUCCCCUACUUACUUCAGGCGCCAUUUUCAGUGCGGCUUGCCGUUCGCGCCGCCCGAAGUCUCGCGUCUCGCGGGAUUUCGGCGGCAGUCGCGGGGGGGCGGGGCGGAACGCUCGCUCACGUGUCUCGGGCGCCAUCUUUGUACUCCUAUACAGUACGGCGCAGGGACUGAUUCUGGGCACUUCCUUGUUUCGUUUGGGUGUAGGGGGGCGUGUCGGGUCCCCCCCCCUGCACCUUCUUCCGUUUCCGUCAGCACGAUUGUUCCCUCACGGCUUGGACAUCGGUGCCUGCUCCUGUCUGCCCUGAACUUAGAUAGGUUUUGUCCUUAUCUUUUGCUCUUUUUUCCUCAGGAGUGACUAACUCCUUUAGCAUGUCUCUGCCCAACGAUACCCCCUCUGUGCCCCCCGCUCUAGAGGGUCCCUCCUCUGACUCUGCCAUGCUCCCUGCAGUUUCAAAUACGAUUCACACUGACUCCCAUGCUGUAGAUCUACAGCAAUCUAUAUCUGCAGCAAUAGCCAAUGCCAUGGGUAAUGUCUCUUCUAUGAUUUCUCAGUCGAUUUCUCAGGCGCUUAGAGCGCAGAACACUGCCCCCACCCAGCCUGUUGCUGUUGCCCCGGUUACCUCCAGAAUUAAUUGCAACGAUGGCUUAGCUCCAUCAAAAGACAACGUGCAUAGGUCACGUAAGAGAGCCUGCCCGCGCCAGGCGGAAAAAGCGCGCCCCUGGAAAUCCGCUCGGGCUCGUCCCGAACUCAGCUCUGACUCUGAAAUUGAGUCUGAUGAGGAGGUUUUUAGUGACGGUCAUUAUGCCUCUGAUGUAGACCUUGAAGGGGUCCGGGUGGCUGACGAAUUGGAAGGGUUUUCCCCUCCGCUUCAUCCCCCCUCCAGUGUGGGUCCGGAUGAUAAUCUCCCGGGAUCUAGUUCCCUAAUUGACCCGCAAGGCACCCCCCUUUUUGAUCCGGACAGCCUCCACCAUCCGAGGUCGGCCGAAUGGUUGCCUAUCCCACACGUGGCACAAUAUCUGGAGAGUAGAGUGAGAAAACCUCUUUCCAAAGAAACCCGGAAUAAAUUGAAGGCUGAAUGCCCUCGCCCCUUAAUCCCGAAUAAGAUGAUCCAGUUCCUUUCCAAGUCGGGAUUUAACCCCCGCAAGGGCCUGGACUCUGCUCUUCGGGCUUGUCAAGACAAGCUCUUGGACAGUCUGGGACCCAUGACUAAAAUAUUUGAGUUGGCUGAAACUGCCAGAAUUGAGGGUACGGCCAUAGACCCAGAAGAACUCAGUGGCUGGGCACAAGGUGCCAUUUGUUUACUGGGGAACGUCAAUUCCUCACUAUCUAUCGAACGUAGAAAAGCAUUACUCAUGAAGAUUGAGCCCAAACUCUCUAACAUGGCUCUGACCGAGGCUGGCAAGGAGGCCCAGGGGCUCCUGUUUGGCGAUAGUUUUAUUAAAGACCUGGGUAAAUUUGUGGGAGCUUUUACUGCGCUUGAUAAAGCUCAGAGCUCCAUGCGUAAGGUAUUCCACGGGCGUGUCUCUAAUAGGGCCGGCAGUUUCAGGGGCCGACUGUCCGGCCGUGUCCACUUCCAGACGCGUGGAAGCGCUCGAGGUCCCUAUAAUCAUAGACCGUCGUUCCAAGACCAGAGACAGCAGUCUACCUUCUUCCCUUCCAGAGGCCAGACAUUUCGCUCCAGAGGAUUCAGAGGCAACCUUGGAUCAAGAAGUCCACUUGGUAAGUCCUCAAAACCUAUGUCUUUCUUUCAACCCUUGUAUCGGGGGCAGACUCCGACAUUUUUUACCCGCUUGGAACCGGGUAACCUCCGAUCCGUGGAUACUAGCCACGGUCCAGGGUUUUCGUAUAGAUCUGGUGGUAUCUCACCUGUCGCUCCCAGAUCCUCAUCCACUAGUACUAUCAGAAUCGGCCCAAUCUUGCAUGGACCGAGAGCUCCGUUCCCUGUUGGACAAAGGAGCAAUAGAGGAAGCGCCUCCUCACUCCUGCGGGGUGGUCAGCAAUAUGUUUUUGGUGGAGAAGAAAGGGGGCCAAUUCCGGCCGGUAAUCAACUUGCGGAAUCUGAACAGGUUUGUGUGUUACCGCCAUUUCAAAAUGGAAGGGAUUCACUUGCUCAGGGACCUUUUGCUUCCAGGAGACUGGAUGGUGAAGUUGGACCUGAAAGACGCUUAUCUGACGGUCCCUGUGUCCCCUCAGUCCAGAGCGCUCCUUCAAUUCCGUUGGCACGGCCUUCUGUGGCAAUUCACGUGUCUUCCAUUUGGCCUCUCGUCGGCCCCCUGGUGUUUCACCAAGUUGAUGCGGCCGGUGGUGGCUUGGCUUCGCAGGCAGGGAAUUCGUCUUGUGAUUUACCUAGACGAUAUCCUCUUCAUGGCCCAAUCUCCAGGGGAAUUGUCAACUCACCUACAGGCUGCGAUGUCUCUUAUUACAGGUCUGGGAUUCGUUAUCAACGCCGAGAAGUCCUGCCUACAUCCUUCCAGAUCGAUGGAAUUCCUGGGUUUUGUGGUGAACUCCAGCGAGCAGACCCUUUGCCUCCCUGGAUCCAAAAUCAGGUCCAUACGCAAGGAACUACGACACGUCCUGAGACUUCCACGGAUGUCGCUCCGUCACCUGGCACGCAUUAUCGGUCUUCUGUCCUCGUCCAUCCAGGCGAUCUUUCCGGCGCCUCUUCACUAUCGGGCGUUGCAACGACUGAAGAUCGCGCAUCUCCAGGCGGGUGCGUCCUACGCCGACUUGGUGACUCUGGACCACGAGACGAGGGACGAACUCAUGUGGUGGAUCGCCAACCUCGACGCGUGGAAUGGCAAGGCCAUCGUGGGUCCUCAGCCGGAUCUGAUCGUGGAGUCGGAUGCCAGUCUCCUCGGCUGGGGUGCAUACUGCAAUGGGGUUUCCACCGGAGGGCCCUGGUCAGGCGACGAGUCCCAUCUCCACAUAAACGCUCUGGAGUUGUUAGCAGGUUCCUUCGCCAUCCGCAGCUUCACCAGCGACAGAGUGUCGGCUUGUAUCAGACUCAGGAUGGACAAUGUGUCGGCCGUGCGUUAUGUCAACGCCAUGGGGGGCACCCAUUCAUCAAUCCUAACCCAUCUAGCGAAGGAUUUUUGGUCCUUUUGCCUGGACAAAGGCUUUACGGUGAUCGCGGAAUAUAUCCCAGGGCUACACAAUACUUUCGCGAACUGGAGUUCUCGUCAUUCUUCGGACUUCAGCGAUUGGAGAUUAGAUCCAGCCGUUUUCUCCUCCAUCAGAUCACUGUGGGGACCUCUCUCUAUGGAUCUCUUUGCUUCACGUUGGAACGCCCAACUUCCGCACUUCUACAGUUGGAGGCCGGAUCCUCUGUCGGUGGCUGUAGACGCCCUUCUGCAGGAUUGGUCGGGGCAACUGGCUUACGCUUUUCCCCCAUUUGCGCUCAUCCCGAGGGUGUUGUCUCAGGUCCGUCGCCAACUCGCGGACUUAGUACUGGUAGUUCCCUUUUGGCAAGCCCAAUCUUGGUUCCCUCAGCUCCUGGAACUUCUAGUGGAGGACCCUCGUCUUCUUCCAUCAUUUCCAGAGCUUCUCCGCGGGCCUCUGGACCAACUUCACCCGCUGGUGGCGGACGGCUCUCUUCAUCUACUGGUGUGCAGAAUCUCAGGGACCAUUGGGGCGUCGCAAACUUAUCGGGAACGGCUCGUGCCCUUCUGGAGAACGCGUGGGCCCCCGGAACCCGACGCGCUUAUCAGUCAGCCUGGAAACGUUGGUCUGGCUGGUGCGUGGGGCGGAGUCUGGAUCCCCUUUCAGCUCCUGUGACUGACAUCCUGGAGUUCUUGACGUCUCUUUAUGAGGAGGGUAAAGCUUAUAGGUCCAUUAACCUUUUCCGUUCGGCCAUAUCCUCUCAACACCAAGGGUUUGCGGGUUGCCCGGCAGGUCAACAUCCUUUAGUGUGUCGCCUCCUGAAAGGGUCACGUUUAUCUCGCCCUCCUAGACCCCGGUUCACGAGUUCUUGGGACGUUACGUUGGUGCUUCAAUUUUUCUCUAGUUGGCCCCUCAAUUCUUCUUUAAGUCUACGUCAACUCUCGGCGAAGCUGGUCACCCUGCUGUGUUUGGUCUCCUGCAAAAGGGUUUCGGAUGUGCGGGCUUUAGACUUCGAUGCUCUGUCUUUUACUCCAGGCGGUGUCUUGUUUAAUAUAUCACGCCGCACGAAGACUAAUAUUCGAGCGGUGUCUUACCCGGCUUUUCCUGACAAUCAAGCCCUUUGCCCGGUGCUAUGUUUAAAGGAGUACUUGAGCCGCACGAUUUCCUUACGUGAACCUUCUAAUCCGCAAUUGUUCAUUUCGUUCCGCAGGCCUUUUCUCCCAGUUGCUAGUGUCACUUUAUCCCGUUGGGUUAAGUGGAUCCUUUCCCUAGCUGGAGUUGAUACGUCAAUUUUCACGGCUCAUUCGGUGAGGGGCGCUUCGGCUACCUCCAUGACCAUUGCAGGGGCGCGUCUGGAGGAUGUUCUUCGUUUGGCCGAUUGGUCUAGAGCUUCUACGUUUCGGGAGUUUUAUUUCAGGCCACCUCCACAUGCUUUUUCUACGGUGAUUUCGACGCUUUAAACUUGCAAUACGAAGCCUCCGUGUCUUGUUAUAAAAUUGCAUGAUUUUCCUAUUUUAUGACGUAAAGUCAUGAUUUUAUUAAAGACACGGAGGCGAGUAUUGCCCACCCUGUUUUGUUUUGCCCUCCCUAUUUUGCUUGCUUAUAUGUUAUUUAUGUAUGAUAACUAAAGGACUGUGUUAUAUUAUUUAUUGCGUUAUUUAUGAUUGACACUUGUUUUCUCCCACAUGCUUGGAAUGGACUUUGGGUCCAGGGAUUACCUUGUAUUAUCCUGUUUUUUCUUUUCCGUAGGUUGAUUCCCGAUGCAGACCUAGUGUGCGGUCCAGGAAGUUCUUGGGACCUGUUGGCCGUUGUUCCGGUUGAGCUCGGGUUCCAGUUUCUCGGUUCAUGGUUUCCGGUUGGAGUUUCUGUUACAGGAUAUUUCGGUCCAGUAUUCUAGUGGUCCACAUCAAAGAAAGAGGAAGAGAGGACGGAGGAGGACCUAUUUAUGGACUGUAUAGUGGGAGGGACUGUUUGGGGUUGUCCUUCAUUUUUUAUGUUAACUCUUUGCUGCUGUGGUUUUCAGUAAAG